UGCUGGAUAUACUAGUCUUUUGUCGAAAUUAUCUAUCGAUCGUCUGUCAUUUAUGCAUAAUGAACUCACCACCUGCAGUUAACAAAAAGGCUAGUUAAUUUCAACGCCAAUAAAUAUUGUUUUUAAUUUGACCCUGCCAGUUUAUAUCGAUUUUCCAACCUAACUCAUAUCAACACAGACCACCAUUUCUAGUGACCUUCUAUAUUUGUAAUAUGUGUAUGUAUGUGGUAAGGUCACGCUACUAAUUGUAAUUCCAACAAAAACAGCAGGAUAAAUCUAUUCACGAAAAACGUGGGAGGAAUGGUGUUAAGAAUCUGACUAAGAAUCCAAUUAACAAGGGACUCAACUCAUAGAAAACGACUUCCUCCUCUCGAAAUAUGGCUGUCCAGUAUAUUUGCCGAUAUCCUGGUAUCUUGUUAAUUUCGGCAAGACCAUUGUUAAACUUUACUCGAACUUUCCUACAUAAACGUCAACUGACAAAUACGAAUUUAUCCAAACUUUCCAAGAUUUCGUUGACCAAUGGCAAAGCUGGGAAACUGAUGCAAGCCUACGAAGAAUUCAUUGGUUUGUCUGAUGUGAAAGCAGCACAGAGUAAGGUUAUUGAAUCUGAGAAAAAUUUUUUGAAAAUUCAAGAACAGCGCCGCCAAAAAAGUCAUGAGCUUUUUGAAAUUCAAAUGAGUCUUCGGAAGAUCAAUGCUGAGCUGGAGAAGAUAAACCGAGCCGAUGAUAAAUACUUGGCAUUGCUAACUCAAGAGCAUGCAAUCAUACAGAGAGAGGCAAACUUAAACAAUGAUUUAAGCGAUCUUGAAAAGCUAGAGAAGGAACAUUUCACAGCUCUAUCAAUAUCAGUACGAGAAAGUCAUGAAAAAGAACGUGCUCAAUCUGAGAAAACCAAAUAUUGGUCUGUUAUUGGUUCCAUUAUUGGUGCCUUGCUAGGUAUAAUUGGUACAACCAUAAACAACAAAAUGAGAAUGAAUGAGUUACGUUCAAUUGUGACCAAAUCUACUGAAGAGGGGCAACAGCAAAGGGAUUUAACAGAGAAGGUAAUUGCUGCUUUAAAGAAACAAUUGGCUUCAACAGAGGCUUUCAUCUCUGAAUUACAUGGAGUAUUGAAAUCAAAUGUGUUAACUCCAGCAACUCUCUCUAAUAUGGGAGAACAAUUUAUUCAUUACAAUAAGGAACACUCUAAAGAUUCAACUGCUGCUUUCUUAACUGGUAGCUCCCAAAAACUGGAGCAGCAAACUGCAGAGUUAUUGACCUGCCUUAAACACCAGGACAAAUACCUAACAAUUGAACUGGCAGCCAUUAAAGAACUCUUACAAAAAACUCAUGUGGAUGUAAACAAAGAUGGCAUUAUCUAUAUUAACCCUGAUAUUGAUCACCAUCUUGAAGAUAAUAAUCGGAAACUGGAACAACGCUUGAAAUUGCACUCUUUAGCAACAGUGACUUUCAUUUAUGCAGCAUUUGCUUUAACUCUGCCUGUACUGUAUUCAAUCUUUCGAGGGAACUGAAUCAUUGUGAUUUUUUAGAAGAAAAAAAAGAAAAAAAUUCAUGGUAUGAAUUUUAUCUGAAUCUGUGAUAGCAAAUUUUGUAUCUACACAAUGCCUUCCUGUUUUGUUUUUAAUGAUUUAUUUGUGAUUUCUCAUAUUUUCUUAUAAGACUUGAGAGAUUUGCUGAUCAUUUAAAUUGUUAUUUUCGUAGACUGAUGUUGAUAUUGUAACAUCAUAGCAGCAUCUACUAAGAUAUAAAGAUUAACAAAUGAGGUGGGUGUGGGAUUAUAUUGUAUCUUUUUGAUUAGCUAUUGAAAGUUUCAUUUUUGUAUAAAUCACUUGAACGAUUUUUUUCAACAAUGAUUGCAUUUUCUGCUUCCAGGCACAAAUGUAAAGAUGUCUGCUUUUAUUACAUUGAGACCUUAAACUGAUUCAAAUUGACUGAACAAUUUCUAAUAACCAUUUCCAUCUGACUCUCAAUACACAAAAACUAUAAAUGACAAGACACCAAAACAUUCUUCUGCCAAUCACUAUAUUCUUCAUUAAUAUUUUAAAAAAUAAGAAAUAAAAUAGAAACCACUUUAAAAGAUGAGGAAAACAAUUUUGCGUAAUGACAUUGGAAAAUUUCUUCGGAAUGCUUUUAGCAUGAAAAACAUACAUUUAAGUGUAGGCUACUAUACUUAAUGUAUCCUCAUUCUGUUGUGUUAAUCUGCACUUGUCAGCACAGUUCAUAGUAAUUUGUUUCAAACCAUAUGGUCUCUUUUACUACAUUUCCUCCAAUGACUUGUGGACCCUGAGAACUUUUCUAAGUACUAUCAUAAGAUGGAUACAGUAUCUGUCUACUUGCUUCUGGAUCACAAGUUCAUAUCCACUGCUGGCAUAUUCUUGUUUUCCUCAGUUUAGUUAUAAAUACUAGAUCAAUUUGUAAAUGCUCUGCCUUAGACCAGAGUCAACUUUGCCAUUAGGUCUGAACUCUGAUUCUGGUUACAGUCUUUUCCAUGUUAAACUCUUCUAUCAUGAAGCAUCUUCCUCCAUUAGAUAGCUAUUAUCCUUUAACCGCAAGCAAUUUCCUUCGUCUUUUUCAUUUGGUUCUAACUGUAUAAAUAACAUGAUAACUCUGUAUUACCUCAAUUUCAAUUCCCACUGCAGGCCCAGGUUCUAUGAUGAGUUAUAAUUCCAAAGAAUAAAGUCUACCAAACCGAAGUAAAUUCAGUCCAACAUUAUUGUUCCCCUGUAAUCACUACCAGAAACUUCUGACAUACAUAAUUAAUUAACAGUAAUCACCCUCUGGAUAAUCCCAGCCAAUGCACUAAUGCAAACCUGAAGAAACCUUAUUGCUCUGCCACUUCUGCACUCACACAAUGAAGUGCUAGUCUAUAUGAGUAAUGUUUAUUGGGGUUCCCUGAUACCAACAACAACAACAAUCAAAGAAAAACAAUCAACUUUUAUCUUCCUAAUGAUUGAGUUACAUUGAUACAUUAUUUAUAUUAUUUACAUUUGACGGAUAUUUGUCCUCAUCUUGUUUGUUGUUAACACAACAUUUCAGCUGAUAUACCCUCCAGCCUUCAUCAGAUGUCUUGGGGAAAUUUCAAACCUGGGUUCUCAUUCCUGUGGUGGUGGCGGUGUUGUUGUUAACCACUACAACAAUAGAAGAGAAUAUGACCAAAGACUGCAUGUACUCCAUCCCAUGCAGCUGUGGUAGGUUAUACAAAGGCGAAACAUGCCACCCUCUCAAAAUAAGGGUAGGUGAACAUUACAAAGCUGUGACACGAGGAGAUAUUGAUAAAUUGAGUAUAGCUGAUCAUGUAUGGAAAAAUGGAGACCGCCUCCCUCUGUGGGAAGAAGUUAAAAUAAUAGACAGAGAACACCACUGGAAAUACAAAAACUAAAAGAAGCAGCACAUAUGCUAGGGCACAACAACCUCCUAAGCAGACCGAGUGCAGAUAUGAAUAGCAUGUGGGAACCGGUAUUAAGGAAGGAUAGGAAAAUAUUAGAUUUAUAAGCCCUAAAAUUCACUUCAUAAUUGCCCACGGGCAUAUGGCUUAGUGGUUAAGAGCACAGGCUAUUAACCCCAAGAUUCCGAGUUUGAUUCUAGGUAGUGACCUGAAUAAUAAUAAUAAUAAUAAUAAUAACAUUGAAAAUUACCUUAGGAAUGAGAACCCAGGCUUGAAAUUUCCGCAAGACACCUGAUGAAGGCGGGAGGGUAUACCAGCCGAAGUGUUGUGUUAACAGAGAUGAAGACAAAUAUCCAUCAAAUGUAAAUAAUGUAUUCAAGUAAAUAAUGUUCCUCAUCUCUUAAAUAUAGAACUGUAAAACUUCAUUCAUAUAUGAACUUCAAUAAAUAAGUUUCUUCACACUGACUGAUCACAAAAAUAUCUCAUACAAAAAUUUUUUCAAAUGCAUUCAUGGGAAUGAUUGGUAUUUCCUUCCCAGAAGCAUUUAUGUGUGUAAUAUAUGAAACUAUGGACAAGAAAGAGGUUUUUUUUUAAUAUUAAUGUGUAUCUGAGUUAGACUGUCACUUCCAUACAUUAUUGUAUGAAGCAAUAGUGAAGAGUCAGUUCAAUAUUAUUGUUUCCCUAUAAUCAUGAAUAGAAUCUUCCAACAGAAAUCUUAACAAACUGUGUACCACUGCUAGAUAAUCCUACUCAAAGCACCCACAUUUCCCUAUCAUUAUUGAUAUAUCAUUUCCCAAAUUCUGUUCUAUAGACUUUGCCCAAUCAUCUGAAUUUGCUUGUUAGUUUUGACAGAAGAAUUGUGCAUUGUAGUAACUGAAUACACUUAUUGAUCUUUUUAAGGGUUCUUGUCACGAUUUCAAAUUUUGAAAUUUGAUAUAAAUUAGUGAGGCAGAGGAAAUCAAAAUCUCUUUAAGAAUGCAAAAAAAAACAAAAUCGAAUUUAUGCAAUGAGUAAUGUAGUGUAUUGCAACUGAGUAGAUAACUAUAAUAUGAAGAGAAGUAUCAUCUUGGAAAUGCCUGACACAAAGCAAACAUUUAUAUGCCUUCGAACAUGGUGUCCUGUAAAAAGAAUUUUUUUUUUAUUAAAAAAAACAUAAAAUUUAACAGUAGAAACAACAAAUUCCAAAAUAAUAUUCUGUAAUAAAAGUAAUAGAAAUCAUCAAAAACAA